CAGAAAUUUCACAGGAGAAGACUAAGCCGAGCUGAGGUGAAUAAAUAGCGACGUUUAAAUUUGCGGGUUAAUAAGGUGGUGUAUUUUACAACAUGUGCUGUAGGUGUGUUUCAGACUGAAAGCUUGAAAGUUUAGGGUAAAUUAUCUCCUCGAGUUUAAUUACAAAAACAGUAUGGUUCAGGGUAAAAGCGAAACUAGGAAAGAUGCCGUAAAAGGCGUUUCUCUGUAGGUUCCUCAGUGAAGCGAAAUUAACGGCUGUAAAAGAAACAGGCUUGAACUGAAAGACCCAAAAAAAUUGAAUUAGGUUUAAGGACAAAACAGCGAAUACGAGCGAGCAUGGCGGACAACGCUGGGGAGGGAGCAGUCGGUUCCAGUCACGGUAACGGAGCUCAGGUGUUAGCGAGUUUAGGUCACUCUUUACCGGCCUCUCCUCCUCCUGCCGCGGCUGCAGAAACCGGCCUGGCCGCGGCGUCUCCCGUCAUAGCGCACCACAUCACCUCGGUCCCGGAAAGCCCACAGAGCGGCGUGCUGAAUUCCUCCGGCUCGUUGUUUGCAGCCGUGCCGCCAUCGAUUCCACCGAGCAUCGGCCUGGGGCUUAGUGGAGCUCCGGCCAGUCUAGGCGGAGCGGGGCUUCUAUCCCAGAUCCACGCCACGUCCUGGGACCCGACACUCAGCACCGACUGGGACAACGAGAAAGCCUCGCAGCAGUGCAUCCUUCGGAUAAAAAGAGACAUUAUGUCCAUCUAUAAGGAACCUCCACCUGGUAUGUUUGUGGUUCCUGAUCCUCACGAUAUGACCAAGAUCCAUGCACUGAUUACAGGUCCCUUUGACACUCCAUAUGAGGGUGGCUUCUUUCUCUUCCUGUUCCGUUGCCCCCCUGACUACCCGAUCCACCCCCCACGUGUAAAGCUCAUAACCACCGGUCUUAACACAGUACGCUUUAACCCCAACUUCUACCGCAAUGGCAAAGUCUGUCUCAGCAUUCUCGGCACAUGGACUGGGCCAGCGUGGAGCCCCGCUCAGAGCAUCUCUUCAGUUCUCAUCUCUAUCCAGUCUUUAAUGACAGAGAAUCCUUACCACAACGAGCCAGGCUUUGAGCAGGAGAGGCACCCAGGAGAUAGCAAGAACUACAAUGAGUGCAUCCGGCAUGAAACCAUGCGUGUGGCAGUAUGUGACAUGCUGGAGGGAAAAGUGCCAUGUCCAGAGGCUUUAUGGAGUGUGAUGGAGAAGUCCUUCUUGGAAUACUAUGAUUUCUACGAAGGGGUUUGCAAGGAACGUCUGCAUCUGCAAGGACAAAACAUGCAGGAUCCGUUUGGGGAGAAAAGAGGCCGUUUUGACUACCAAGGUCUCCUCGCUCGUCUAAGUGCUACACACAGGCGAUUACGGGAAAAAUGUCCACCCCAGGACAAUGGAGACUCUGAUUCAGAUACCAGCUCAUCUGAAACCGACCCAGACAGCCAGGGGAGCUCACAGCCAUAGAUGCCCCACAGUGGGUACAGGGAUAGUAUGAGAGCAUUUCUCUCUGGAUCCGUCUAACAAGUAAAACGCAUGGGGCAUUGACAGAAGUUCUAGAGUCUGUUGAUAAAGCACAGGGUUAGUGUAGUCCCUGUUUCUUUUGAUUGGUUUGUUUUUCUUCUUCUCUGCUAGCCAGUGACUUUUAUUUCCUUCUUGAGAGAGAAAAGUCCAGUCGGUAGUAAGUAUGGGACUACAAGGUUAAUGUAUGUGUGUUGAUGUACAUGUCUGCAGGUCAACACACACUGCCUUUCGCAGCACAUAUUCGUGUGCACCUUUGUUCUCUGCUUAAUCUGGCAGUCUGCCACAGAAAGCUAAGGUAGGUUAAGAGGUACUGCCACCUCCACCCGGAAUGGGUUGUCAUACCACUCCUGCAAACAGUUGCUAGUCCUUUUACUUCUGUUUACUUAAUGUCUUGACAGUAAUCUCAACAUUUAUCUCCAAAAUUAUUAAAUCAUUAAAAUAUUUUGACUAUUAUGAACGGUGUCAUAAUUUGACAUGAAUUCAUAAUUGCUUUACAUGAUAAAAAAAAAAAGAAACUGAUGCAACUAUAAACAAAUGUAAAUACUUAAAUAUUGUGCAUAGAAAGCUUUAUUUUAACGUUAAAUGUGCAUUAAAUGCCUUUGAAGGGAUCUGGUGUGAUUGUUAUAUUUGAAGAGUAAACUGAUCAGUCAUGUA